AUGGCUCCAUGUGGGAAGUUAUUGGGAAGAUCUGAAGAGCAUGUUUCUCAGAAUCCUGAGCAGGGAGAGACCUGUGAGAGUCAGUGUAGCCUACAAAGGCAGCCGGGAAACCAUCCAGGAGAGGGACAGGGUAAAUCUAGUUAUAGGAGCAGUGGGGUGAAAGCAAACACAGAAACUGUUCAACAGAAAAUCCCACAUCAACAGUCACCCUGCGCUUGCAGUGACUGUGCAAUUCUUAUUAAAUAUGAAAGAGCUCACACAGGAGAGAAACGUUUCAGGUGCUCAGACUGUGGGAAAAGCUUCAGUCAGAGUUCAAGCCUUGUUAGACACAGGAGGACCCAUACAGGAAAGAAACCUUUCAACUGCUCUGACUGCGGGAAAAACUUCAGUCGGAGUUCAAACCUUGUUGCACAUAGGAGAACCCACACAGGAGAGAAGCCUUUCAGAUGCUACUGUGGGAAACGUUCAGAGCUUGUUAUCCAUAGGAGGACCCACACAGGGGAGAAACCUUUCAAUUGCUCUGAUUGUGGGAAAAGCUUCAGGAAGAGGUCAAACCUUGUUACACAUAGGAGAACUCACACAGGAGAGAAACCUUUCAAUUGCUUUGACUGCGGGAGACACUUCAGUCAGAAGUCACAGCUUGUUGCACAUAGAAGAACCCACACAGGAGAGAAACCCUUGAGCUGCACUGACUGUGGGAAAUGCUUCAGUCGGCGCUCAUACCUUAUGGAUCACCAGAUAAUACAUACAGGAGAGAGACCGCAUAACUUCUCAGAUUAUGGAAAAGGCUUCAAACACAGGUCAGACACUAUUAAACAUAAAAGAGCCCACACAGUGGAGAAACCCUUCACCAUCUCUUAUUGCAGAAAAAGCUUCAAGGAGAGGUCAGACUUUGUUAAACAUGAAAGAACCCAAAUGGGGGAGAAACUCUUCAGUUGCUCAGACUGUGGGAAAUGCUUCAGUCGAAGUUCCAACCUUGUUGUACAUAGGAGAACCCACACAGGAGAGAAACCUUUCAGCUGUUCUGACUGUGGGAAAUGCUUCAGUCGGCGCUCAUGCCUUAUAGAUCACCACACAAUACAUACAGGAGAGAGACCCCAUAGCUGCGCCAAUUGCGGAAAAGGCUUCAAACACAGAUCAGAUGUAAUUAAACAUAAGAGAGCCCACACAGGAGAGAAACCCUUCAGCUGCUCAGACUGUGGGAAAAGCUUCAGUCGGAGGUCAAAUCUUGUUGUACAUAGGAGAACUCACACAGGAGAGAAACCCUUCAGAUGCUCUGACUGUGGGAAAAGCUUCAGUCGGCAUUCAAACCUUGUUGCACAUAGGAGAACCCACACAGGAGAGAAACCUUUCAGAUGCUCUGACUGUGGGAAAAGUUUCAGUCAGAGUUCAAACCUUGUUGCGCAUAGGAGAACCCACACUGAAUAGAAACCCUUCACCUGCUUUGACUGUGGGAAAAACUUAAGUCACAGCUCAAAUCUUGUUAUCCGGAGCCCCUCCUACCAGAUCUGUGCCACUGAAGCAGCUGUUUAAUAGGCUUCUCCAAAGUCCUUAGAUUGAGAAAGUCAAGAUGCACAAAAUGGAAUUGAGCCAGAGGGGAAAGAAGGCAAAAGCAAUGAUUCCCAAGGAUCUACAACAAACCAACAUCUCACCAGCAUGUCCCACUGAAAGCUGAACUCAGAUUGCAGGGUUCAAAGUCUUGGAACCGAGAGGCGGGGUUUUCUCUGAGUACCUGUGAGUCUCGGCUGGAAGAGAUAAAUAAGCUAUUUGGAAAUAGGUAAUCCUCAUGUGAUCCCUCCCCUGUCACCCACCUCCAGAGAAGCAGAGGCUAGGGACACGAUUCCUACUCAUCAUGGAUAAUAUGGACCUAACCUCUAUGAAGUCAUCUAGCCCUUUAUUGAACCCCAUUAAAAUCCUAGACUUCACCACAACCUUUGGCAAGGUGUUCCACAGGUUAACUGUGCACUGAGUGAAGAAAAACUUCCUUUUGUUUGUUUCAGACUUGCUGCCUAUUAAUUUCAUGUGGUGAGCUGU